GAGAGAGAGAGAUACGUUACAAUAUUGAUCAUUAUCAUCUGUAUGAACAGAAUCUAACCUGACUUUUUUUCUUGAUUUUCUCUUUUUUUUGGAAUUUUUUUGUGUUUAUUCUUCAUGUAUUUUUUUUGGGUGUACUCUUGUCGAUCAUGUAAUUGAUCCUUUUUUUUUUUCUUUUCAUUUCAAGUAGUUUAUGUCGAUGUUUUCAAGAUAAGAUUACAAAUGAUAAUGCAGAUUAUACGUAUUUCUACAUGUUACAGCUAACUGAAAAUGGAUGGGUCUGGACUGUCUGGUAGUGAUGAUACCCGGAAGACCGAUGACAAUGACUCCAUGAAUGUUACGGAGCAUGAGAACACUGAUUCUGAGACGGAUAGUGAUAGUACCGACAGCAGUGCUCAUGAUCUUGAAGAUUUGAAUGAUGUGGAAGAGUCUCCACUAAUUUCAAGAGAGAAGAUCAUGGAGGUUGAAGGCGGCCAAUUAGGGUUUGAGCCUUAUGAGAUUUCAAAGGAAAAUGGCAGCAGUUCACAAAACAAUGAAGGUGCUGGCCGCUCCCCUCGACAAUCACCUGAUCAUCAACAUUACCACUCAGACUGUGGUUCAAACUCAAAUGCUCACAUUCAACGAGCAAGUGACCUUCUUAUGGCAGUCUCAGUGUCUGCCGAGGAAAACAAGAUGAAAAUCACUGAGGUUGCUGUUUCAGCCAUGGAAGAGUUAGCAAAAAAAGCCCUCGCUGGAGCACCUUUAUGGCAGCUCCAAGAAGAUGGAAAAACUGAGGUUCUGAGUGACUUAGAAUACAUGAGGGAAUUCGGGCAUAUUGAUGCCACAUUGAUGGAUAUAAUGAAAAUGGUUGAGGUCGGAGAACCCCAACGUCUGCCAAUUAGUCUGGACACUAGUACCAAUUCCGGGUCUUCGUUUGAAAGUGAAUACAGGCCGAUUUUGCCUCAGGAAUUACUAGGACCAGAACCUCUGCACACUGAAGCUUCACGUAAAACUGGUCUUAUUAGAGUAAAUCCACUCAGCAUUGUUGAAUUGCUUAUGGAUUUGAAACAGUGGUCAUCGGUGUUUGCCAAUAUCGUUUCCAAAGCAGUGAUACUUGGAGUCUUAUUCUCAAAAGGAAUGGAAGGGAACUAUGAUGGAACGCUACAAGUGAUGACAGCGGAAUUUCAUCUUCCAUCUCCACUUGUUCCAGUUCGAAAGAGUUAUUUUGCAAGGUACUGUAAACAGCUAUAUCCUGGAACCUGGGGAGUCGUUGAUGUCUCUGUGGAAAACCUAUUCCCUACUCCCUCAAUAAGAUUUAAAAGAAGACCAUCAGGCUGCUUAAUUACAGAAACGCGAAAUGGAUUCUCUAAGGUUAUAUGGGUUGAACAUGUGCAAGUGGACAAUGUAGCGGUGCCCAACAUUUUUCAGCCACUAGUCACAUCUGGUUUUGCAUUUGGUGCAACACGUUGGGUUAACACUAUUGCUCGACAAUAUGAACGGUUUGCAGCCCUAAUGGCUAGAAGCACCCCAGCUGAUUCUGGCGUACUAAUACCACAAGCUGGGAGAACAAGUCUGGUGAAGCUGUCUGAGAGAAUGAUGAGAAACUUUUGUGCUGAUAUUAGUGCUUCCACAACAAACAUUUGGACGCCAUUACGUGUACUUCCUGGUGCUGAUCAAGAUGUGAGGAUCAUGACCAAAUUCAACGUAGAUGAUCCUGGAAAGCCUCCUGGUGCUUCGGUUGCUUUUGCUACUUCCAUCUGGCUUCCUGGCUCGCCGAAGUUUUUGUUCAAUUUCCUUCGUCAUGAGAGUACUCGAAGCAAGUGGGAUAUCCUUUCAUAUGGACACACAAUCCGGGAGUUUGCAUACGUCGUUAAUGGAGAGAAUCCAGGAAACCGCACUUCUAUAAUGCAAGUGAUUUCGUCGCCUGUCCUGUAUCUGCAAGAGAGCUACACAGACUCAACAGGCUCCUAUGUAGUUUAUGCACCACUCGAUGCUUGCGCCAUUUCUAUGGUCUUAAGUGGUGGAAACCCAGAUCAUGUGGUUAUCUUGCCCUCAGGGUUUGCUAUACUCCCUGAUAAGGCCACAUUGGAAGGACAGGACAGUAGUGGGAGUCUUCUGAGUGUUGCUUUCCACAUCAUUGACCGUGCAUCGAUGGAUGGUUAUGUCCCUCCUGAAUCAGCACAUAUCAUGUUCAAAAUCAUCAUGGAAACUAUCGUCUCUAUUAGGGCUGCUCUGACUUCAAAUCUACCAAAAAAUUGAGCUGCAGCUACAAAUAAUACUGUUACGUACGAAGAACAUGCUCGAAGUGGAGCAAACGACAGGAAAUAUAUAUGCGCAUGCAUCUUUUACCAUUCCCUUAAGGAAAAGUAGAGGCCGGCCGGGAAUAUUAUAAUAAUAAUAAUAAUUAAUAGCAGCUGAUCGCUGCAAUAUUUAGAUACUGAAUUUAUAGGCUGUUUCAUCGAUCUUUAUAAUUUCGUGUUGUAUCUGUGUCAUGCUGUAUAAUGCAGUGCUGUUUAUGAAAGUACUGCACAAAGCUCGUACUCAUGUAA